CACCAGUGUCAAUUGCGUGCGUACAUGUGCACGCACCAGUGCCGACGUGUGAGUGUGUAUGCGUGUACACGCACAAGUGUUGCUGUGUGUGCACGUGUGCAAGCACAAGCAUCGAGGUGUGUGUGCAGAAGCGUCUGUGCAUGCGGGUGCACGCGUGCACGCACAGGUGUCGGCGUGCAUGUGUGUGCGUGCGCGCGGUGGAGGCGUUCCUCCAGGGGCUCAGACCGCGGACAGGGCGGUCCUUGCCUCGUCGGGGUCCGUUUGUUCACCGAGUGCCACCUGAGACAUAAGCGAGCGUGUUUCCCGCCCUCCUCCCGAGUCCCCUCCUGGUGUGACGGCGCUCCGGCCUUGGCAGGUGGGCUGGGGGAGGGGUCUCCGGCCGACCCCUGCCGGGAGUCUGACAGCCUGGAACAGCCCAGUCAUCGCUGGUGAAGCACGUGGUGUUGACGGCUGGCAGGACUCAGCGGAGCGGGCUCGCGCGCCUGGGCUCGGAGACAUGGACGGCCUCCAGGCGCUGCUUCUCCGCUCUCUCCUGUCGCCUGGGAGCCCGCCAGGUUCAGGUUCAUCUCCGCCAGAGCCUUGCGCCUCACGGCCCGCCCGCCGCGGGCCGCAGCGCUUGGGCGGAGGACGUGGGGCUCCCGCCCCGCGCUGGGGUCUGUGCCGCUGGCGGGCAGGGGCGAGGCGGACGCCGGAGCCUUCGGGGGGGCUGGAGGGAUGGCUGGCUCGCCCUGCGGGACCGGUCCCCCGGGCUUGGGGCAGAGAGGACGAUGAUCAGGCUGCCGCACAGGAAACUGCAGAAACUGUUUCUCAGGAAGGAGGAAGGCACCGUGAAGGAGAUCGACAUCAGCCACCAUGUGAAGGAAGGGUUUGAAAAGGCCGACCCUUCCCAGUUUGAACUGCUGAAAGUCUUAGGACAAGGAUCCUACGGAAAGGUGUUCCUGGUGAGGAAGACCAAGGGGUCUGACACGGGACAGCUGUACGCGAUGAAAGUCCUCAAGAAAGCUACUUUGAAAGUUCGGGACCGAGUCCGAUCGAAGAUGGAAAGAGACAUUUUGGCAGAAGUGAAUCACCCUUUCAUCGUAAAGCUUCAUUAUGCCUUUCAGACGGAGGGGAAGCUCUACCUGCUACUGGACUUCCUGCGAGGAGGGGACCUCUUCAGCCGGCUCUCCAAAGAGGUGAUGUUCACUGAGGAGGACGUCAAGUUCUACCUGGCUGAGCUGGCCUUGGCGUUAGACCACCUGCACGGCCUGGGGAUCAUCUACAGGGACCUGAAGCCCGAGAACAUCCUGCUGGACGAAGAGGGACACAUUAAGAUCACAGAUUUCGGGCUGAGUAAAGAGGCCAUCGACCACGAUAAGAGAGCUUACUCCUUCUGCGGGACCAUAGAGUACAUGGCACCCGAGGUGGUGAACCGGCGGGGACACACGCAGAGCGCCGACUGGUGGUCCUUCGGUGUGCUCAUGUUCGAGAUGCUCACGGGAUCGCUGCCGUUCCAGGGGAAGGACAGGAAGGAGACCAUGGCCCUCAUCCUCAAAGCCAAGCUGGGCAUGCCACAGUUCCUCAGCACCGAAGCCCAGAGCCUGCUGAGAGCCCUCUUCAAACGGAACCCGUGCAACCGUCUGGGUGCUGGCCUCGACGGGGUAGAGGAGAUCAAGCGGAACCCCUUCUUCAUGACCGUAGACUGGAAUAAGCUGUACCGGAAGGAGAUCAAGCCGCCAUUCAAGCCAGCGGUGGGCAGGCCCGAGGACACCUUCCACUUUGACCCCGAGUUCACAGCACGGACGCCCACAGACUCACCUGGCGUCCCCCCCAGCGCCAACGCUCAUCAUCUGUUCAGAGGAUUCAGUUUCGUGGCCUCGAGUCUGGUCCAGGAGGCCUCCCCGCAAGAUCUGCACAAAGCCACGGUCCACCCCAUCGUGCAGCAGUUGCACGGGAACAACGUACACUUCACCGACGGCUACGAGAUCAAGGAGGACAUCGGGGUGGGCUCCUACUCCGUGUGCAAGCGAUGUGUGCAUAAAGCAACGGAGGCAGAGUACGCCGUGAAGAUCAUCGAUAAGAGUAAAAGAGACCCCUCGGAAGAGAUCGAGAUUCUCCUGAGAUACGGACAGCAUCCGAACAUCAUCACGCUCAAAGACGUCUACGAUGACGGCAAGUUCGUGUACCUGGUGACGGAGCUGAUGCGUGGCGGGGAGCUCCUGGACCGCAUCCUGCGACAGCGACACUUCUCGGAGCGGGAGGCCAGCGACGUGCUGUGCAUCAUCACCAGGACCAUGGAUUACCUCCACUCGCAGGGGGUUGUUCAUCGAGACCUGAAGCCGAGUAACAUACUGUACAUGGACGAGUCUGGAAACCCUGAGUCCAUCCGCAUCUGCGAUUUCGGGUUCGCCAAGCAGCUUCGAGCUGAGAACGGGCUGUUGAUGACACCCUGCUACACGGCAAACUUUGUCGCCCCGGAGGUCCUGAAGCGACAAGGCUAUGACGCAGCGUGUGACAUCUGGAGUCUGGGGACCCUGCUUUACACCAUGCUGGCAGGAUUUACCCCUUUUGCAAACGGCCCCGAUGACACUCCCGAGGAGAUUUUGGCGAGGAUCGGCAGUGGGAAAUACGCCCUUUCUGGGGGGAACUGGGACUCCGUCUCUGAUGCGGCAAAGGAUGUCGUAUCCAAGAUGCUCCACGUGGACCCUCAUCAGCGCCUGACGGCAGUUCAAGUUCUCAAACACCCAUGGAUCGUGAACAGAGAGUACCUGUCCCAAAACCAGCUCAGCAGACAGGACGCCCACCUGGUGAAGGGGGCUAUGGCCGCCACCUACUUUGCCCUGAACCGAACCCCGCAGGCGCCGCGGCUGGAGCCCGUGCUGUCGUCCAGCCUGGCGCAGCGCAGGGGCAUGAAGAGACUCACGUCCACGAGGCUGUAGUACCCGCAGGCUUUGCAGCGCGUCCUCGGGCUCGCGGGCGGCGGCCUGGGCCCCCGCCACGGGCGCCACGGAGUGACCACCGCCCGGCCACGGGCCCUGGGCGCCUCCGCUCAUUCCACGUUCUCUCGCUCCGCCUGGAUGGGAUCCGGCCCCGGGACCUCCCACGCCUCCGGCCUCCCGCCUCCUCCCCCCCGAGCAAAGCCGGACCGACUUGUGUCACCGCUCACCGCCCUGCUGAUCGCCCAUAGGGCCCUUCGGACUCUGGAGGUCUUUUCCGAUCGUGGCUUAGAUCGAGAGCGACAGAGAGUUUUGCCAGUUACAGAGCCAGCGACUUGGCCAGACCCGGACACCGGCGUCCUCGUUACUGGCCCGGGAGGGCGCGCUGGCUGGUUCGCCUGUUGCCGGAAGGACGGGGUCGGCACGUGGCACCCAAGACUAGGCGCCGGGUCCCCUCCACAUGAUCCAAAGAGCCCUUGUCCCAUCUCCCCCUCGUCUCUGACUGAGGUGUUGGCUGUUCUCUCCCGGGUCACAGACCCGAAAGGGGGGGGAGCCCGGCCCGGAACCGGCGAGCAGCAUCCUUGCCUCGGAAGCUUCCUCUUUUCACAAGAACAGCACGUCCUUGGGGAGGGGCCAGCUGCAGCCUGUGCCCCCCGACACACGCACACCGGCCCGUGUCCUUGCUCCCCCCCGCGGCUGGAUGGCUGGCGGGGGCUGCAGGGCCGGGGUCCGCGCUCCCGCCCGGAGGUUCGGAGACAGAGCUCUAGGCCCGACAGCCGGCCACGGCCCUCUGUCAGCCCCCCGUGCUCUCCCAAAGCACCGGUUUCUCUGUCUGCUUUCCUCUCUCUGGCCCACGGGAGACCCCCUCCCCUCCCGGGGCGCCGGCAACCCUGAGCUGGAGGGAGGGAGCCAGAGGGGAGCCCGGAGGCCGGGCCGCCACGCAGGGGCCUGGAGGGGGCGGAAGGAGGCAUUUCCAGGGCUACCGUGCACUUUGUGGAAGCUGUGCUUUUGUGUCACAUUUGUGUUUCUGUUCUUCAGUGACGUCUUAUGUUUCCCUUGGGGUGCGUGCGCACAGCAGGGGCGCGGCGUGGAGCGCGGGGCUGGGCGCUCCUUGUUCAGGAAGGCCAGGACAGGCUGGACGCCACUGCCCAGGCGGAGGGGGAGCGUGUGCGCCCAGGCCGGCCGUGACUCCCCGCGGCCCUGGCAGGGUGCGGGGCGCCGGUGGCCCUCAGGCAGGUCUCACCGAGAAGGCGUGUUUCCUAGUUCCCUCCCUCCCCCAUCUCCGCUAACUACCCAACAAGAGCCACAUGUCGCCUUCUGGGCACGACCCCUUACCUUCUUCCGGUGGUUUUCAGACCCUCACAGGUAAACGUUCUCUCGUUAUUCCACGAGCCCCCUCCUUCCCUCAGACACCACACGACAUAAAGGGUGGGGACAGGUUCACCCGUCUGUUUUGCACCAAGCCUCAUUAGGCAUCUCUCGUGUUUCCCAAGAGAAAAUGCUUUUCCCCAAGGCUAGAAAGACUUGAUCCUCAACCGUUUCGUGUUAGGUCUGGAUCCUUUUAAUCGACUGUUAGAAACUUAGGAAAAACAGGAAAAACUGGACAGCCCUUAGGUCACAGGUUUGACCUCCUAGGUACCAACCGAGGUCAUCACGCCUUCUGUCCGCCGCACGAGGUUUGCUGGCUCACUGGUUUGCUCACCGGAGGCCAAUGCGCGAGGGACGCAGGCCCGAGGGGGGUGGCCCGUGUGUGCUUCCCAGGCUCCCCCGCCCCUGCCUGUCAUCCCCUUCCGGGCCACCGUGCACACAGCCCCACGUCCUCACUCUGAGAGCCGCAGAGGGACCCCGAGACUCACCUCGCCCAAGCCGUGCCCUGAGCGGAGACCCCAGGGCCCCCCCUGCUCACCCCCGUUACUUGAAUGUCCGCCAAAUACCUCUGUUUCCUCAGCUUAUCCAGAACGAGGCGAUACUUGAAACCGUCCGACAGAAAGUCAGCCUGGAGAAGUCAAUAUUUUCAGCUUAACGUCAGAGUCUUGAGCGGAACAGCCAGUGGCCGUGCUUUGUAAGCAGCGGUCGUGUGUGAAGGAAGGUAUCAUAUCUAGUUCUCCCUGUGCGGUUCACCCCCCGCCCCCGCCCGUCAUGCGUGACUCCGUGGGCUUCGCACACGUGGUGAGAUCACACAGAACGAAAUAGCUGUCCCCCCCCCGCCCCCAAUAUGUA